AUGGGCUUUGGGUCUGCUUCCGCCAUGCUUUGGUCCGCCAAGACGUUCCUGAUCCUCUUCCUGCUGGUGGUGACUGUGUUCGCUCAGCCCGUCAGCAUCGCUCAUAGAAGAGGCCAGUUUGAUACUGUGAAGCUCCAUGAAAGCAAGGAUGCCGUUUCGGUAGAGUUUGAGACGCCAUGUAGGCAGUGUUUUGAUGACGGGGAGUCCAAUGUUAUAUUCGACAUUCAAAUUGCACGGACAACCAGUGUCUGUGGUGAAAGCGAUGUGCAACUCAAUGACCAAAAGCUCGCGUUCACCUGGGAUGGAGCCAAUGCUGUCGGAGAUGGUAUGGUUACUGCCCAGUUAGCGGGACGAAAAGAAGACGUUAAUUUACGUCUGCAUUGGAGAAGCUUGUGCAUUGCCAGUCCUAGAGGGUCUAUUGGAGAUUAUGCUGCCCAGAUACUCACCUUCACAUUUUAUCCUGCAGGCCAGGAAGAAGGAAACGACACAUCUGGCUUUGCCGUUUCAUUCAAUUCUGUGGAUAAACCGGAGAUUCUACGCCUUGUAACUUCACCAGCACCAACUUUCAAUGAACCCUCAGUUCUGGAAGAAUGGCUGAAAGCCAGUGGGAAUGACAGACUACAUCAAGAGAGUCUUGUCAAGAGCCAUCCCAUCACAGAUGCUGAGUUAGAAGAACAGCUCAAGGAACUACACAAACUAAGAGACCAAGCCAAGGCUCUCGACAGAGUUAUCAAGGAGAAAGAUGAAAAGAUCCCAGAUAGUCCCUGUCGACCGGUCUCCAAGGUCCGUCAAAAUGAAUCAGAAAAAGGAUCUAAAGGAAAAAACAGCACAGAUCCAUACCACAUACCUCAUGCAGUCGGGUCUAACAAUACAUCCAUUAUCGACUCUACACAAAACUCCAAUACAGGUUGGACAGAACCACCAUCUACAAAUUCCCCUCCAUCAAAUCAACUACCUUCUCGUUCAGCCAUAAUAAAACAUGUCAUUCGUGAUUUUGCUUUCGUCUCCCUCUUUGUGGCUGUUCUAUACAUGCUCCUGAAACAUUGCGGAAAUUCAAUAAGCUGUCGAAGACGUCGAGUAGACAUGCUAGCUCGUCGUGAGCAGAGACGAACACUACAUGCGUAUCGAGCAGCAGCGUGUCGAUACCGACUUAGGCAAUGGUGGCAUAGGCUGCUCGGUCGUGAAGACAUGGCCCCUAUAGCUCAGUCUCCGACUACUCCUAUUAACGGCGAGCAAAACGAUACCAUCCGGAUAUCAACUUUACCUCCUAGCUCCUUGACUUCAGAAUCAGAGAACGAUACAAUGCCGAAUGAAAUUCUGGGGUUGCGACGUGUAUUUGAAUUUGUCGGGGAGCUCGUGAAUCCUAACGGCCCGCCUGCUGUCGGUGAUCGAGUACAACCUAGACUUGCGGCUCAAGAUAUAACUGAAAUCACUGCGCGGAGAUACGCGGCAGGAACACCAGCCCCAUCAUCCACGGCUCCUUUAACCACAAUCGGAUCUCCAAGAGCAAGUACCAGUAUACUUAGUUUUGAGACUGAUUCGGAAGAUACGGUCGACAGCCUUGAUCCAGAAACAGCCACGAUGAUGAGUGGAUAG